UAUCAGUCAGUCGCUGCGUGUGUGGCUGUAGGAGACUCUGAUGCCCUGCUGGGCCAACUCAGGAGCAAAGUCUCGCUGCACCUCCGCACCCAACUCACCAUGGCCAGCAUUAUACUGAAGACAGAGACAGAGACAGACAGACAUGCGUUCGCAGGGAGGACACGAGACGCCCCUCAAUGCAUUGCUGGUGUCUCAUUGAUCAAUCACCUGUGCGAUCGGCCCAGCUUCAACGGUAGCGCCCCGCACAAUGGUCUCCCCCAUCCUUGUGCUGGUCAUUUCACCCUCACCCAGCUGCCCCUGCCCCCUGCGCAACUCCUGGCUGUCCUGGCGCUGUGACAGCUCUGGGCCGAGGAUUGGUGUCGCAGGCACACCGUCUGGCGACCUCGGAGACGUAUGCUGGCUGGCAGAUGAGCAGACGGGCAUUGUGCGCCAGGAGUGAGGAAGAGGGAGAGGGAUGGGCGGCUGGACAGGCUGAUGUGGCUCCUGCAUGACCAACACAAAAGGGACGACAACGCAGGCAGAAGUGAGGCGGGCGUGUCUUGUUCUCUGCAUCCAUGUACUUCUUCGUCGUCGGGCAACUCCACAUAGACGUCACGAUACUCGACUUCUACCCUGGGCACAUACCUGUGCAGAGGGAGAGGAGGGAGGGAGGGCAGCUAAAAGCACAUAUUGCAUUUGCAAUGCCUGUUCUGUGUGUUGGGCAUUCCCAUGCCUGAUAAUCUCUCGUUCGGUGAUCCGCGGGACGUAUUUGACUCUCUGAUGUAUGAUGGGCACUUCAACAUACCUGAAAGAAAGACAUCAGAGCAUGACAAGAGCAAGAAGCCAUGCUGCUCGAAGGGCCUCUUCAAUCGCACCUCACUCUCUCGUACACCGGCUGCACGACCACCUGUCCACGCCAGCACACCCAUACGUUGCCGCACGCAAUGCCAUGCACCUGUGUUUUCCUGUGCGCCUACAGCUGGGACAAUGAAAGGCUGUGGAGAAGGCGGAGGGCGCACAUGCAUCCAGGGCUGCAUUCCAGGCGGCUGCAUCAUUGCAGAAGCCUGCCGGGGUUACCCACUCAAAAUUUGACGGGGCGCCUGUGUAACGAUCUCUGUCUCAACCUCAAUUCCGAUGCAACGAUGGAUUUUUCAGCGCUCCUGAGGCAGCGCGGGAACGUGGUGUUUCCCAAUGAUCCAUGCUGCCUCCCGCCAACCCACCGCUCCACUCAGCCAAGGGACUCAGCCCCGUGCAAGCGCCAGGGGGCCAGUCGGUCUUG